CCAGAAUAACAUAUAAUAUUUAAGGUUCAGUAAAACUGCAGACAAACCCAUGUGCAGCACGUGGCUUCUCAUUCUUUUUCCCAUACCCAAGCCUCAAUCCAUUCAACCAACCGAUUCAAUGAACCAAACAAGACCCCCACAACCUCAAACCACCAUCUCCUCCUUUUCCCCUUCAAAUCUCCCCCUCACACUCAAAUGAGGUUCCUACAUUUGAACCUGACCAGAUCCAAAGCCAAAACAUUCUUCUUCUCCCUCUUGAUCUCCUCCUCCAUCCUCAUCUCCUACAUCGGCCGGUCCACCGACUGGUCGUCUGUCGUCAUAACAUCCCUUGUACAGGUCGCCGGUGCUUUCUUCUUGGUUGCAUUGGUAGUCGUGGCCGCACGCGCCACCGUGGUGGCUUGGAUCACGGUGCUGGUGCUCCUGGCCUUCGCGGGGAACCGUCGCCGGGUACUUGUUGCUCAGGGGAGGAAAAUCACCACUGAAGUUGCUAUGUAUUUGGUUAAGGUUGUGAUCAAAGAAAGGUCUGGUGUGGCUGCCGUUGCUUGUGCCACUGUCAUAAGCUUAAUGGCCAUGAGGUUCCUCAGAAAUGCAUGGUAUAUUGGUCCUACAGUUAUACUAGACUAGAUUGACAAAUAUAGAGAUCUUUUUUUGUUAGUUAUUUUCCUUCUCAUUUGCUGGGAUUUUCCCUUCUUUUUUUUUUUUUGGGUGACUUUUUGGUCCCUCUCUGACUGUCUGUUUUGUGUGAACUGUGGACUAUGAUGUACUUAUAUCAGGAAACAUAAUACUACCAUUAUUACUACCAUUA